AUGUAAUAUCCGGGCAUGUACGUAUCUCACACAAGUUUACCAAAAACUUCCAUAUACUACUCUUUCGUGGUUUGCAAAAUUGUUGUCUGAUACAACUUAAUUUCAAAGUAAUUAUUCGUUGUAUUUCAGACCUUCCACUGUAUACCAAUGCAUGAAGGUGCAAACUGGCCUGGGUGCAUACUGGUGGCAAAGUCUAAUCACGUGGCUUCCAAUGUCCUUGUUGUGAAAUUAAAGUGAAGUGACGAAUUAACAAGAAAAAGCGAGUUGGCAAGGGGACGAAUUGCCAUUCAUAAAUGAGUGAUUGCCCUUUGAAGAAACCCGCCAUUAAGUUGAGGUGAUGAACAAAAUAGUGUGAUUCAGCAGGAUGAGUGACCUAAAGAGACACAUUAAACAACAACAUACCCGAGAAAAACAAUUUCAAUGUAACUUCUGUGAUGGUACAUUCACCAAAAAAGGUGGUCUAACUCGACACCUGACAAUACAUACUGGAGAAAAACCUUACAAAUGUGAUGUGUGUGAUAGUUCAUUCAGGAUAAAGUGUUAUCUAAAGUCACAUAUGAGAAAACAUACUGGAGAAAAACCAUAUAAGUGUGAUAAAUGUAAUAGCACUUUUAGUCAUAAAAGCGGUCUUAAUACUCAUGCGAGAAAACAUACAGGACAAAAGCCAUUUAAAUGUAAUGAAUGUUACAGUACAUUCAAUCAAAAAUGGUCUCUGAUAGAACACAUGAAAAUACAUACAGUGGAAAAACCAUAUACAUGUGAUGUUUGUAAUAGUGCAUUCAUUCGAAAGAGUUAUCUUAAGCGACACAUGCAAAUACAUACCCGAGAAAAACAAUUUCAAUGUAACUUAUGUGAUGGUACAUUCACCAAAAAAGAUGGUCUAACUCGACACCUGACAAUACAUACUGGAGAAAAACCUUACAAAUGUGAUGUGUGUGAUAGUUCAUUCAGGCUUAAGUGUUAUCAAAAGUCACAUAUGAGAAAACAUACUGGAGAAAAACCAUAUAAGUGUGAUAAAUGUAAUAGCACUUUUAGUCAUAAAAGUAGUCUUAAUACUCAUGCGAUAAAACAUACAGGAGAAAAGCCAUUUAAAUGUAAUGAAUGUUACAGUACAUUCAAUCGAAAAUGGUCUCUGAUAGAACACAUGAAAAUACAUACAGGAGAAAAACCAUAUACAUGUGAUGUUUGUAAUAGUGCAUUCAUUCGAAAGAAUUAUCUUAAGCGACACAUGCAAAUACAUACCGGAGAAAAACCAUUUAAAUGUGAUGAAUAUAAUAGUACAUUCGGUCAAAAAAGUCAUCUGACAAAACAUUUGAGAAAACAUACUGGAGAAAAACCAUUUUUAUGUUAUAUAUGUAAUAAUACUUUUAUCUCAAAGAGUAAUCUUGAGCGACACAUGCGAAUACAUACUGGAGAAAAACCAUUUAAAUGUGCUGAAUGUAAUAGUACAUUCUGUCAAAAAAGUUCUUUGACAGAACACAUAAGAAUACAUACAGGAGAAAAACCAUAUACAUGUGCUGUUUGUAAUAGUGCAUUCAUUCGAAAGAGUUAUCUUAAGCGACACAUGCAAAUACAUACCGGAGAAAUACCAUUUAAAUGUGAUGGAAUGUAAUAGUACAUUCGGUCA